CGACCAUCGACUGCUGGACCUUUCGUUUCUUUCUCGUUCUGUAUACCUUUUCGCUUUCUUUGGCGCUUAAUACGUCUUGUUGAUUGAGAUUUUUUUGUUGUUAUUACAACCUCGACUGUCCCUACGAACGACGACUAUACCCCUGUGGAAACGCCAAAAGAUGCAUUCGGUGUUUGCUAUUGGCUUGCCCCUGCUGGUGAGCUUCUUCGCUGGACAAGCGGAAGCUGCUACCUGCAACGAGACCUCACCCUGCCCGCUUUCUUCUCCUUGCUGCAGUGAAUACGGGUUCUGUGGAACUGGACAUUUCUGCCUUGGAGGUUGCAACCCCUUUUCUUCGAGAGCUCUGGAUUCGUGCAAGCCUAAUCCUAUCUGCCAAUCCAAUACUUAUACCUUUGGCGACACUUCUCGUAUCGUCGAUGUUAAGCAGUACCAGGGAGAUACCCUUCUUCACGAUUGGGUACUCGAAGGCGGCGAUGUCCUCGUUACCAACGGAACCGACGGCCCUGAACUCGCUUUGACCCUCACCAAAGAAAACGAGGGCACCAAGCUCUCCUCGACUCGUUAUGUGCACUAUGGCACUAUCACUGCCAGGAUGAAGACGGGCAAGUGGGGAGGCGUUGUGACUGCUUUCAUCACGAUGAGUGAUAUCAAGGAUGAAAUUGAUUGGGAGUUCCCUGGUGCUAAGACCGACGAGGGCCAGAGCAACUUUUUCUGGCAGGGAGUGAUUCCUGAGACCAGUGCUGGUGGCUAUCAUGAUGGACUUACUGAUACUUUCUCCAACUACCACGAUUAUACGAUCGAUUGGCAACCUGAUGCUUUGAGCUGGGGUAUCGACGGCGAGAUCAUCCGUACUAUCAGGAAGGAAGACACCUUGGAUCCUGCAACUGGCGUUCACCGCUACCCAACGACCCCAUCACGAAUCCAACUCUCCAUUUGGCCCGCUGGUAUCGAAUCGAGCGCUCCUGGCACCGUCGAAUGGGCCGGAGGCAUGAUCGACUGGGACGACCCCGACUACGUUGCUGCCGGUCAAUUCUACGCGAUGGUCCAAUCCGUCACCGUUCUUUGCGCACCUCCUCAGCAGCAGGGUGUCAAUCUCACGUCCUACGUCUACAGUUCGAACCAAACCGUCGCUGAACCUUUGAUCUCGUAUACCAAUCGCUCUACUCACUUGAAGGGUAGCGCAGUGUCUGUUGGACAUGGUGGGAUGCAUGGUGUCAUUGUUGGUGCUGUCACGCUGUUCCUGCUUGUCGUCCAUGCUUUCUAG